GUAUUUCCGAAGCUGGCCAGGCCCUCUGCUGCUGACCCUGGAAAUCGGGUCACACUAGACAAGGCUGCAUGUGCGGGGAGAAGGCGGGGCGGGGGGGGGGUGCUCCUUUGCACGCGGCUGCUCGCGUUUCCCCAAGGCCUCCAGAUAGUCUAAAAACUCACCUCGGAGGAGGGGAAAGAGCGUGAAGUGGCUCUUUCGAUCUGAGACACCCCCUCCCGGAGAACUCGCCCCCUCCCCCCAAGCCCAGCGCAGAGUGAAAUCUUAGAAGCCGAGGCUGCUGGGUUUGAACGGAAUGCCGGAGUCAGUGGAAGAUGGAGCGGGUCGGCCCGAAGACUAGACGCUUGAAGCAAAGCUGCCAUCCCGGAAGACGACAUGCUCUCAGCAACCCCCCUGUAUGGGAACGUUCACAGCUGGAUGAACAGCGAGAGGGUCCGCAUGUGUGGGGCGAGUGAAGACAGGAAAAUCCUUGUAAAUGAUGGUGACGCUUCAAAAGCCAGACUGGAACUGAGGGAAGAGAAUCCCUUGAACCACAACGUGGUGGAUGCGAGCACGGCCCAUAGAAUCGAUGGCCUGGCAGCACUGAGCAUGGACCGCACUGGCCUGAUCCGGGAAGGGCUCCGGGUCCCCGGAAACAUCGUCUAUUCUAGCUUGUGUGGACUGGGCUCAGAGAAAGGUCGGGAGGCUGCCACGAGCACCCUAGGUGGCCUUGGGUUUUCUUCGGAAAGAAAUCCAGAGAUGCAGUUCAAACCGAAUACACCCGAGACAGUGGAGGCUUCCGCUGUCUCUGGAAAACCCCCAAAUGGCUUCAGUGCUAUAUACAAAACACCGCCUGGAAUACAAAAAAGUGCUGUAGCCACAGCAGAAACACUGGGCUUGGACAGACCUGCCAGCGACAAACAGAGCCCUCUCAACAUCAAUGGUGCUAGUUAUCUGCGGCUGCCCUGGGUCAAUCCUUACAUGGAGGGUGCCACGCCAGCCAUCUACCCUUUCCUUGACUCGCCAAAUAAGUAUUCACUGAACAUGUACAAGGCCUUGCUACCUCAGCAGUCCUACAGCUUGGCCCAGCCGCUGUAUUCUCCAGUCUGCACCAACGGGGAGCGCUUUCUCUACCUGCCACCACCUCACUACGUCGGUCCCCACAUCCCAUCAUCCUUGGCAUCACCCAUGAGGCUCUCGACACCUUCGGCCUCCCCAGCCAUCCCGCCUCUCGUCCAUUGCGCAGACAAAAGCCUCCCGUGGAAGAUGGGCGUCAGCCCUGGGAAUCCCGUUGAUUCCCACGCCUAUCCUCACAUCCAGAACAGUAAGCAGCCCAGGGUUCCCUCUGCCAAGGCGGUCACCAGUGGCCUGCCGGGGGACACAGCUCUCCUGUUGCCUCCCUCGCCUCGGCCCUCACCCCGAGUCCACCUUCCCACCCAGCCUUCUGCAGACACCUACUCGGAGUUCCACAAGCACUAUGCCAGGAUCUCCACCUCUCCUUCAGUUGCCCUGUCGAAGCCAUACAUGACAGUCAGCAGCGAGUUCCCCGCGGCCAGGCUCUCCAACGGCAAGUAUCCCAAGGCUCCGGAAGGGGGCGAAGGUGCCCAGCCAGUGCCCGGGCAUGCCCGGAAGACAGCAGUUCAAGACAGAAAAGACGGCAGCUCACCUCCUCUGUUGGAGAAGCAGACCGUUACCAAAGACGUCACAGAUAAGCCACUAGACUUGUCUUCUAAAGUGGUGGAUGUAGAUGCUUCCAAAGCUGACCACAUGAAAAAGAUGGCUCCCACAGUCCUGGUUCACAGCAGGGCUGGAAGUGGCUUAGUGCUCUCCGGAAGUGAGAUUCCGAAAGAAACGCUAUCUCCUCCAGGAAAUGGUUGUGCUAUCUAUAGAUCUGAAAUCAUCAGCACUGCUCCCUCAUCCUGGGUGGUGCCCGGGCCAAGUCCUAACGAAGAGAACAAUGGCAAAAGCAUGUCGCUGAAAAACAAGGCAUUGGACUGGGCGAUACCACAGCAGCGGAGUUCAUCAUGUCCGCGCAUGGGCGGCACGGAUGCCGUCAUUACUAACGUUUCAGGGUCAGUGUCGAGUGCAGGCCGCCCAGCCUCUGCGUCACCCGCCCCCAAUGCCAAUGCAGAUGGCACCAAAACCAGCAGGAGCUCCGUAGACACCACACCAUCCGUUAUUCAGCACGUGGGCCAGCCCCCGGCCACUCCUGCCAAGCACAGUAGCAGCACCAGCAGCAAGGGCGCCAAAGCCAGCAACCCAGAACCGAGUUUCAAAGCAAACGAGAACGGCCUUCCACCAAGCUCUAUAUUUCUGUCUCCAAAUGAGGCAUUCAGGUCCCCACCAAUUCCCUACCCCAGGAGUUACCUCCCUUAUCCAGCCCCCGAGGGCAUUGCUGUAAGUCCCCUCUCUUUACAUGGCAAAGGACCUGUCUACCCUCAUCCAGUUUUGUUACCCAAUGGCAGUCUGUUUCCUGGGCACCUUGCCCCAAAGCCUGGACUGCCCUAUGGGCUGCCCACCGGCCGUCCAGAGUUUGUGACCUACCAAGAUGCCCUGGGGUUGGGCAUGGUGCAUCCCAUGUUGAUACCACACACGCCCAUAGAGAUCACUAAAGAGGAGAAACCAGAGAGGAGGUCCCGGUCCCAUGAGAGAGCCCGCUACGAGGACCCAACACUCCGGAAUCGGUUUUCCGAGAUUUUGGAAACUAGCAGCACCAAGUUACAUCCAGAUGUCCCCACCGACAAGAACCUAAAGCCAAACCCCAACUGGAAUCAAGGGAAGACUGUUGUCAAAAGCGACAAGCUUGUCUACGUAGACCUUCUCCGAGAAGAAUCAGAUGCUAAAACUGACACAAACGUGUCCAAACCCAGCUUUGCAGCAGAGAGCGUUGGCCAGAGCGCUGAGCCCCCCAAGCCUUCAGCUGAGCCGGCCCUGCAGCAGCACCGUGAUUUCAUCGCCCUGAGAGAGGAGUUGGGGCGCAUCAGUGACUUCCACGAAACUUAUACUUUCAAACAGCCAGUCUUCAGCGUAAGCAAGGACAGUGUUCUGGCAGGUACCAACAAAGAAAACCUAGGGUUGCCAGUCUCGACUCCAUUCCUGGAGCCAACUCUGGGGAGCGAUGGCCCUGCUGCAACUUUUGGUAAAACCCAGGAGGAUCCCAAACCAUUUUGUGUGGGCAGUGCCCCACCAAGUGUGGACGUGACCCCCACCUAUACCAAAGAUGGAGCCGAUGAGGCUGAAUCAAAUGAUGGCAAAGUUCUGAAACCGAAGCCGUCUAAGCUGGCAAAGAGAAUCGCCAACUCAGCGGGUUACGUGGGUGACCGAUUCAAAUGUGUCACUACCGAACUGUAUGCAGAUUCCAGUCAGCUCAGCCGGGAGCAACGGGCAUUGCAGAUGGAAGGAUUACAAGAGGACAGUAUUUUAUGUCUACCCGCUGCUUACUGUGAGCGUGCAAUGAUGCGCUUCUCAGAGUUGGAGAUGAAAGAAAGAGAAGGUGGCCACCCAGCAACCAAAGACUCCGAGAUGUGCAAAUUCAGCCCAGCCGACUGGGAAAGGUUGAAAGGAAAUCAGGACAAAAAGCCAAAGUCGGUCGCCCUGGAGGAGGCCAUUGCCGACCAGAACGAAAGUGAGAGAUGCGAGUAUAGUGUUGGAAACAAGCACCAUGAUCCCUUUGAAGCCCCAGAGGACAAAGAUCUUUCUGUGGAGAAGUACUUUGUGGAGAGGCAGCCCGUGAGCGAGCCUCCCACAGACCAGGUGGCCUCGGACAUGCCACACAGCCCCACCCUCCGGGUGGACAGGAAACGCAAAGUCUCAGGUGACAGCAGCCACACUGAGACCACUGCGGAGGAGGUGCCAGAGGACCCUCUGCUGAAAGCCAAACGCCGACGAGUCUCUAAAGAUGACUGGCCUGAGAGGGAAAUGACAAACAGUUCCUCUAACCACUUAGAAGACCCACAUUAUAGUGAGCUGACCAACCUGAAGGUGUGCAUUGAAUUAACAGGGCUCCAUCCUAAAAAGCAACGCCACUUGCUGCACCUUAGAGAACGGUGGGAGCAGCAGGUAUCAGCAGCAGACGGCAAACCUGGCCGGCAAAGCAGGAAGGAAGUGACCCAGGCCACUCAGCCUGAGGCCAUUCCUCAGGGGACUAACAUCAUUGAAGAGAAACCUGGCAGGAAAAGGGCGGAGGCCAAAGGCAACAGAAGCUGGUCGGAAGAGGCUCUCAAACCCAGUGACAAUGAACAAGGCUUGCCUGUGUUCUCCGGCUCUCCGCCCAUGAAGAGUCUUUCAUCCACCAGUGCAGGCGGCAAAAAGCAGGCUCAGCCAAGCUGCGCACCAGCCUCCAGGCCGCCUGCCAAACAGCAGAAAAUUAAAGAAAACCAGAAGACAGAUGUGCUGUGUGCAGACGAAGAAGAGGAUUGCCAGGCUGCCUCCCUGCUGCAGAAAUACACCGACAACAGCGAGAAGCCAUCCGGGAAGAGACUGUGCAAAACCAAACACUUGAUCCCUCAGGAGCCCAGGCGGGGAUUGCCACUGACAGGGGAAUACUACGUGGAGAAUGCCGAUGGCAAGGUGACUGUCCGGAGAUUCAGAAAGCGGCCGGAGCCCAGUUCGGACUAUGAUCUGUCACCAGCCAAGCAGGAGCCGAAGCCUUUCGACCGCUUGCAGCAACUGCUACCGGCCUCCCAGUCUACACAGCUGCCAUGCUCAAGUUCCCCUCAGGAGACCACCCAGUCUCGCCCGAUGCCGCCGGAAGCACGGAGACUUAUUGUCAAUAAGAACGCUGGCGAGACCCUUCUGCAGCGGGCAGCCAGGCUUGGCUAUGAGGAAGUGGUCCUGUACUGCUUAGAGAACAAGAUUUGUGACGUAAAUCAUCGGGACAACGCAGGUUACUGCGCCCUGCAUGAAGCUUGUGCCAGGGGCUGGCUCAACAUUGUGCGACACCUCCUUGAAUAUGGCGCUGAUGUCAACUGCAGUGCCCAGGAUGGAACCAGGCCUCUGCAUGAUGCUGUUGAGAAUGAUCACUUGGAAAUUGUCCGACUACUUCUCUCUUACGGUGCUGACCCCACCUUGGCUACGUACUCAGGUAGAACCAUCAUGAAAAUGACCCACAGUGAACUUAUGGAAAAGUUCUUAACAGAUUAUUUAAAUGACCUACAGGGUCGCAGUCAUGAUGACACCAGUGGCACUUGGGACUUCUAUGGCAGCUCUGUUUGUGAACCAGACGAUGAAAGUGGCUAUGAUGUUUUAGCCAACCCCCCAGGACCAGAAGACCAGGAUGAUGAUGACGAUGCCUAUAGCGAUGUGUUUGAAUUUGAAUUUUCAGAGACCCCCCUCUUACCAUGUUAUAACAUCCAAGUAUCUGUGGCUCAGGGGCCACGAAACUGGCUACUGCUUUCGGAUGUCCUUAAGAAAUUGAAAAUGUCCUCCCGCAUAUUUCGCUGCAAUUUUCCAAACGUGGAAAUUGUCACCAUUGCAGAGGCAGAAUUUUAUCGGCAGGUUUCUGCAAGUCUCUUGUUCUCUUGCUCCAAAGACCUGGAAGCCUUCAACCCUGAAAGUAAGGAGCUGUUAGAUCUGGUGGAGUUCACGAACAAAAUUCAGACUCUACUGGGCUCCUCUGUAGAGUGGCUGCACCCCAGUGAUCUGGUCUCGGACAACUACUGGAAGUCCCCUCAAAAAGCAGAGGGGAGUGUUGAAGUGAAAAAAGCAGAUAACAAGACCAGAAAAACAGAUAACAAGACCAGUAAAACAGACCUGUAGAAAUGAUUUAAGCAAGAGGACUGGUAAACCUGAACUACCAUCAAAGCUACGAGAGAUCCUACACACCCAGAUUUAAAAGAUAAUAAAAACUUGAGGGCAUCCGGCUCUUUGUAUUGGGGUUGGAGGCAAAGGGAGAAGCCCAAGGCCAACUGAGGUUUCCAUCUUGGAUGAAGGUCAUUCUGUUAAUUAAGCUAGGAAAACAGGUGAGAGCCACAAGAUUAGGGUAUGCAGAAGAAGUAGCUUGGUGCAGGAGACAUUUAAGGCUGUGGUUCAUGCAGUUGGAGGAGCUAGUAGACAGAACAGUUAGUGCAAGAACUGUCAGGGUGGUUGGAAACAUGGAUGUAGAACUCACUGGGGGUAUAGAUGAGAUCCCCAUUGCUGAGAAAGGUUUGGAUGAAAAGCAAUGCCCCACCCCUGCUUAGGAACUCUCCGUGGGUAAUAGAGCUCACUGUGAACAUAGAGUGGGCCACAGAUACGGACGAGAUCACACUCCAUGGGGAGAGGAACGCAUCACCAGAAGGUAGGGGAGCUUAUUGUGUGUUGAGAGGAACUCAGUAUGGGUAUUUCAAGUGCUCUCCACAGGUUUGGAGCAAUCAUGAUCUAAGAUCACCUCGGGCGUUGAAGAGCUCUCCACAGGUGAAGAUGUUAAGACAGGUGUAAGUGAGAUCCCACUGCAGGUAGAGAGCCCAUUCCAGUAGAACUCCUCCUGGAGGGAAGGGAGCUCACUGUGGGUGUAGAAGACACCACAGGUAUAGACGAGAUCGUAUUGGCCGUAUAGAAACACCAUGGGUUUAGAAGAGCUCACCAGAGGUACAGAGCAGACCUUUAUAGGCCCUCACUUGGGCGUCCAGGAACCCACCAGCAGCGUAGAAGGGUUUCCAUGAAGGUCAACGUGAGUGCAAUGGAGCUCACCACGGGUAGACAGCAGAAGUGGUUCAUUCCAGUUCUGAAGGUGUCCCUUAGGAUCCGGACAUGCUUUCCUUUGCCCUGUCCUCCCUCUUCAUGACUAGAACGUGGCUGUUCUAGUUAUACCUGUCACAACCUACUGUCAAGAACCAGGGGCUUCCUGCAGGAAUGAUUGACCCGAGUCUAUAGCAGAGAACAUACAAGGUGAGUGAGCCUAGCGAGUACUGUGACAGACUGGCUCCAUAUGGUGCCUGGGGUGAUAAGAAGGACCCAGCAUUACCUCUACAGUAUUCUUACAGAAAAUGUGCCAGUCUGGGCAACGUGGCAAUACCCCGUCUCUAGUAAAAAUAAAAAUUAAUUAACCAGGCAUGGUGGUACAUGCCCAUAGUACCAGCUACUGGGGAGGCCGAGCUGGGAGAAUCUUUUGU